UUUCCUAAAGAAUCGUUGAAAAACAUGACAUUAUUUUCAAAAUCUUCUUCGAAAAAUGCAGCGCUCUCCGAAGGACUGCAAAGGAAAAGUUCAUCAUCCAAAGAAUCCUUUUCUUGUGAAGGAAUAAAUUCAGUAGCCGGCCACGCCAUCGAGGUGCGCUACACGGCCAGCGCCGCCACACACACGACACUCGCGCCCAGCGUCUGCGAGCUGCACGCGCUCCAGCACGACGCCGUGCCUUGCUUAGGGCGCUCCAACCCCGACGCCGUGCCUUGCUUAGGGCGCUCCAACCCCGACGCCGUGCCUUGCUUAGGGCGCUCCAACCCCGACCUCUCAGGCGAGGACGUGACGAAGUCUGGCCAUUCAGGGCCACUGAGCGCUCUAACGCUCAUGGCGCCUCGAGGCUAUAGAGACGAUGAUCAGGUCCAGCACAACAAAUUCAAACUGCGAGAUGUUAUAAAUGGAGUGGAAUCCAUCUGCUCCGAGACUCCAUGGCCGCUGCUCCAGUCAUGUACUUCAGACUCCACUCCUGAUAAUAUCAAACGGCCGUACUUUUCAUCUCUGAGUCGCAAGUCAAAUGAAUUGGCUCCUUUUCUCAACGUCAGUGGUGAAAAAAAGAUAUCGACGUCUAAGCCAGGCUCAAAUGAAAGAAUGGAAAAAGUUGCUUGGUAUUGUGAAGUGCACAACGCUCCCCAAAAAACUGACAUGAUGGAGAAAGACUCAGAAGUUGAUCCCGCAUCAGGAUCGCUGCCUGCUCAGACAAUGUGUUCUGUAUCUCAUGAGUGCAAGGCCCCUAGAUGACAAAAACAAGUUUGAAAAAUUCAACAUUGCAUUUGAAUUUCAAAACUAUUUG